AUGGACCCUUGUCCUGUGAAAUAUCUACCAGAAGAAUUCAUACUAUCUGAGAAUAUCUUGGCCCAUAUAGGAAAUGUAUUCUUGCAGCAAGAGGUUGGCUAUAGAUGCACCAGGUUUGGAGGACAGGCAGAUAGUUAUGCAGAGCAUACCAAAGUCUUGUGCCAUGACCUAGAUAUUGAAUGCAUUGAACCUUGCUCUUUUCAAUGUGGGAAUAAGCUGUGUAUCAUGUACACAGGUACGUUGUGGUACUACUUCUUGGGCUGCUUCAGAGAAGAUUGCUUCUGCAUGGAGCAUGUAAGCACCACUGUGAGCAAUUUUCUCACUCUGGGAGGUCUGGGUAUCUGCUGGUUUGCAGAGGGCUUAUAUCUAGCAACAACAGCAACAAAUGUACAAUUGAUGAUAUAUAUUAUCCAUGGGGACACUGCAAUCUGA